UCGCUUGACUGCGUCUUGCCCAUCCUCUUUUCCUUCUUUUCAAGCCGCAAGUCGUGCUUUGCAUUCUUUACGAUAAACGUUCUCUACGCGGCCUCUCUCAACUUGCCAUUAAAAUCAUGAUUGCCGGUCUAUCUAAAGCCGUGGUCUUAUACCUUACACCGCUGCUUGCCUUGACUUCCCUUAUUCUCUCUUUUUUGGCCUUUUUGGCUCCGAGUCUUUUGCUCCAGGACAGGGUUGCACUCACCCCGUCCUCGAAUUCUUCAGAUGGAACUGAUGGUGCAAGUCUUUUCUUGGGACUGCUUGGAUCGUGCUCUCGACCGACGGCCAACGCUACAGUUGAUUGUACCGUCGCUGCUCUCAAGCCGACAUAUGACUUUUCUGAUCUACCGGAUGAUGUGCCUCAAAUCCUUAUAUCUUCUCCGCCCAGUGCAGGGGGCUUCGUUGCCGUCUCGCUAGGUUUCUCUUCCGUCUUCUUCCUUGUUUAUACAGUGGGUUCUUUCCGACACAAAAUGGGAGAGAAGAUGGCCGCCGCCAUGGACAAGCCCCUUAUUCAGAGGAUAACUGCCUGGAUGGGCUUCAUAGGGUUCUUCAUCGGAUUCACUACGCACAUGAUUGUCAGAAUGUGGUUCGACAAGACAGUCAGUGAUUUCAACGGCAGCGUCGCUCUAGGCGUCGAUGCCGUGGCCAACAUUGGCAAUGCCUUCACCAUGGUCUGGGUAGCUUAUGCGUUUUUGGCGGUCCCCGUUACCGUAGCCCUUUCUAAGCUGCACGUCCAGGCUUCCAAGUGAUCCAGCUUUGAAAAUUUUAUAUAAACCCUGACGACCUCACGAACUCUUGGAACUUUUUUGGACACUACCGCUUAUCGUGUAUCAAUAUCUCUCACAUAAUCAGAUCCUUCAAUUUGACAUCUAUGGCAGUACCUUCGAAAGAGCUUCUGAGCGCAUGGUUGCAGGGUCAUGGACUUUUUUCGGUCCAAGUCUGAGAGUCCGAUGAUCUCUACCUUUGAUUUUGUAUGAGC